AUGAGCAGGGGGUCGAGUGGGCCAGCUAGGUUUGUGGAUACUUCGUUCAAGGCUGGGAUACCCACUUAGCUAGCCUCUAACGUUGGUUUACGUGUUUGUAUACACCGGUGUCCACAUUAAACAGAUAAAGCUUGACAUAUAUCUAUUCGCCUGAGGACCAUUAUAACGAAAACCGCGGCGGAACGAGCUGAAUAUUUUUGCAUAUCACAGCAUCUGGAUGGCCGGCCUGAUCUCUACCAGCUGCAGCACAGAGAUCUCUCCAGACUAUGGCUUCACAAUAAACACAGUCUUUUUUUUCCUCUCUGGACAUGCACAAGUAAACCUUUGUGUUUAAUACCUCCUUUCUUAGUGUUCUUUUGUUGUCUUCUCUCAUCUUCACUUUGCGAGUAUUCUGUCUGUGAAAAUGGAUGGCGCAGAGCCUGUGCCGCCCAGUCUCAACUCCUCCUAUAUUCCAACUGCUCUCGGCAACCAAAGCUUAUCUGAGGACGAGGAGAAUGAGGACCAGAGUCCCUCUGCAUCCCUCCUGCACAAACAUUCCUCAGUGCCUCUGGCUGUACGCUACAGUCCAGAGGACUCCUACUGUAUGGUAUACAUCAUCUUCUUUCUCAUGGGCAUUGGCUCCCUGCUGCCCUGGAACUUCUUCAUAACAGCCAAACACUACUGGCUCUACAAACUGAGUAACAACACUCAUCACAGCGGCAGUGAGGAUCAACGUUCAGAUCUCAGUGACUACUUUGAAAGUUACCUGGCCAUUGCCUCAACGGUUCCCUCUGUGCUGUGCCUGAUACUCAACUACGUCCUAGUUAACAGGCUGUCUCAGAAUGUCCGAAUCCUGUCGUCUCUCUCUGUGAUCCUGUUGGUGUUUGUGGUGACUACCGUGCUGGUGAAGGUGGACAUUUCGGACUGCCGGAUGGAGUUCUUUAUUGGCACGCUGGCCAGCGUGGCUGUCGUCAGCGGAGCCUCCAACCUCUUCUCUGGCAGCAUGUUCGGGAUCAGUGGGCAUUUCCCCAUGAGGAUCUCUCAGGCCCUAAUAUCAGGCCAGGCUAUGGGUGGCACGCUGAGUGCAGUAGCAUCAAUACUGGACCUGGCAGUUGCGAAGGAUGUGACAGACAGCGCUCUGGCCUAUUUCCUGACAGCCGAUUUUUUCAUUCUGCUCUGCAUCAUUGCUUAUUUGCUCCUGCCCAAGCUGGCAUAUUCAAGUCACUACAUGCUGGCAGCAACAUGCACCACUACAGGAGUGAUGAGCAAAGGUGGAGGCGCGCCAGGCACAGUGAGCAGAGUCUCUGUCCCACCACUGCCACCUAUCCUCAGGAAGACGUGGGUGCUCGGCCUGAGUGUCUUCUACGUAUUCUGUGUCUCUAUCAUGGUGUUCCCCGCUGUAUCCUCAGGGAUCCAAUCUGUCCACAAAGACAGCAGCAGCCCCUGGACAACCACUUACUUUGUGCCCCUCACCAGUUUUCUCCUGUACAAUGUAGCAGACUUCUGUGGCAGGCAGGCCACAGCCUGGUUGCAGGUCCCGGGCCCCACCAGCCGAGUCCUGCCAGCACUGGUGCUGUGUCGCUCCGUCUUGGUCCCACUUCUCAUGUUCUGUAACUACCAGCCGAGGGACCACCUCAAGACAGUGCUAUUCACACAUGAUGCGUACCCUGUAGUCUUUAACUGCCUGCUAGGCCUCUCUAAUGGCUACCUAGGCACUCUACCUAUGAUCUAUGGCCCAAAGGUGGUACCGCGGGAGCUGACAGAGGCCACAGGAGUGGUCAUGUCCUUCUUCCUCACUCUGGGACUGGCUGUUGGAUCUGCGUUCUCUGUGCUUAUUGUGCACUGUAUCUGAUCAGGCUGUUAGGCAAUAACCUAGUAAGGUACCGUGGUAUGGUGGAGCUGGGCAGUAGAGUCAGUGCACCCACUGUUGAUGAAUACCAGAACCCCAAAGCACUGUGAUGCAGAGUGAACCAGUAAAGCCAGUGGUCUGUUACGAGGGAAAAGUCCUGAUAAGUUUCUCAUUGCCACUCUUGACCAAAAAGCCUCAUCUCCUUCAUACCUCACAUUAAUAUGUAUUAUGUUUACACUGAUGUGGCCUUGGGUUGGGUCCGUCAUGACUUGGUCAAUACAUAUUUGAAAUGAAGAAGUGGUUCUUCGAGCUACAUUUGCAAUCGGUGCAGUUCAUGAGGGACAAAUCAAACCACAAAGAUUUGUUACACAAUAUUUCAUAUGGUAAAAACACAUUUUUCACAAAUUUAUUUCAAGAGGUGGAAAUUUUGGGUAUAGUGGAUGCUAUGCAGAGGGUCUUAAAUGUUAUUUUAGUUCAACUUUAAUGAUAUAUGCAGACAGCAAAGGGGCACCACAUCUUACUAUGGGAUAGAAAGAAAAAAUGUGGUUAAUUGUGGUCAAUGAAUAGGUUGUUGAUUUGUCUGUAAACCUUGUAACUAUACUUGAUCACACUUUAUAAACUUGAGUAUUUCCAGUAACAACUUU